AUGUCGGCCCCCACUCAACCUACCCUUGAUGUUGUUAGCAAGGCCAUUGGGCUAGCAAGCCAGGUUACACCUGCAAUUCCGGUAGCAGGUGGAGCAAUUACUGCCUGUCUCAAGGUAGCCGAGGGCCUGUUGAAUCUGGUUUCGACUGCAGAGGACAACAAAGAGGAGCUACCAGCUUUAAUCAGCCAAUUAAAUGCAGUGUGCAGCAUUCAGGCAGAUGGGAUACCAGAUGCAGAGUUUCAACAAUCAGUCUCUCUUCUUAAGAGCAAAGUAGAGCCUACACUCAAGGAGUGUGAUGUUCUCCUGCAGAAGAGCCAGAAGAAGAGAUAUACAAUAAUAAGCUCAAGCAUCUCAAUCCAAAUCAAACGGAUCAAGAAAAACCUUUAUACUGAACUCCUACAAUUUAUGAAUGGAAAUGUUAUAGCAUUAACUAAGCUGAUAUACAAAAUUGACACGGAGAGUAAGGAAGUCUAUAGUCUGUGCAAAGAUAUAUAUGCUCAUUAUUAA